AUGGCAGCUAUUAACGGAACAGUCGCCAACCAGACCACCAGUCCAUCUCCUUUGAAGGUAUUAGUAGUAGGAGGUGGAAUCGGUGGGUUGACUGCUGCAAUUGCUCUUCGUAGGCAAGGCCAUGAGGUCCAGAUCUUCGAGCAAUCUCAACUGGCCGUCGAAACCGGCGCAGCACUUCAUCUUGCCCCGAAUGCCAAUGGAAUCCUGAAGCGAUUGGGUAUCGAUGCGCAGCAGCUCGGCGCGAACUUGAUGGAGAGGCUUGUUGAAUAUACCUCUCUGGGCCACAUUGAACGAGCUAUCGAUCUUACCGAGCAAAACAAGAGGUGGCAGCAUCAAUGGCUGCUAGCUCAUCGCAUUGAUUUGCAUAACCAACUCAAAAGGGCAGCCAUGAGCACUGAUGCGGACCAUGAGGCUAUCCCAUUCCGAACCGCCAGUCGGGUGGUACAGGUCGACCCAGCAACAGCCACCAUCACACUUGAAGACGGGACCCAGUUCCAGGGCGAUCUGGUGGUUGGAGCCGACGGAGUCCACUCCAUCACUCGCAGCGCAAUUCCAGGCGGAAAUGUCAAGGCUUCCUGCUGCGGCAAAAGCGCUUUUCGCUUCCUUGUAUCCAAGCAAGCAGCGCUGCAUGAUCCCGAGACUGCCGCUCUAGUCAAGCGUCCGGGACAGCUAUCCAUCUGGUACGGCGCUGAUCGGCGGAUUGUACUCUAUCCCACGUCGCACAACACAGUGUUGAAUUUCGUGUUGAUUCACCCCGAAGAGGAGUCGGCAGAAGAGGCAGACGAGAGCUGGGGCCAGUCAGGCAAUCUACAGAAAAUGCUCCAGAUCUUCUCGUCGUUUGACCCUGCAGUGCUAAAGCUGCUAAGCAUGGCGGAUCCACAGAGUGUUCGGGUUUGGAAGUUGCUAGAUAUGGAGGAGAUUCCCCGUUGGUAUGAGGGGCGUUUGGCUCUGCUGGGCGAUGCCGCCCAUCCCUUUCUCCCGCAUCAAGGGCAGGGAGCGGGGGUUGCAAUAGAAGACGCUGCUUCCCUGGCUGUAGUGCUGCCUUUUGGAACGAUGGUCGAGGAAAUACCAGAGCGUCUCCAGUUGUAUGAUGAGAUUCGCCAUGAACGCGCUAGCCGCAUACAACAAUACUCUCGGUUGGCCGGCCGUGAUCGUGUCGAUGGACAGGAAACCGCUGACAUGUACGGCUUUACCAACUACAAUUUUGGCCACGACGAGUGGGAUAAUUCGACGCAGAAACUCCGCGAGUGGACGUGGAAACGCAUCCCCAAUCCCUACUGGCGCAUGCCCCUCGCCUUUGGUCCUAUGCCCGGUCCGCGCCAGAACCACUUGGGCGUCCCCCGGGAUGGCACCAAAUCCGCCUUCACUACUGCCUCGAUCAAGUUCAAGACCUCACGUACCGUACUACAGAACCUCUUUCCCCCGGGCCGCCGUGGCUGGCGAUUCAGCGCUCCUGAUACCGUGGCAUAUGCCUCCUUCUCGCAGACCACCCUGAACAAGAUGGAGUGGUUGGGUGGCUCAGGAUAUUCUCAUAUCGGUUUGUAUGUCCAUGGUGUCGAGUACGUCAAGAAGGACGGCACCGUCAUUCGAGGCUCCUACCUGCCCAUCCUCUUUGAGUCGCUGACCGACCCCAUCGUGUCGGGAAGAGAAGAGCUGGGCGCUCCCAAGUUAUAUACUUCGGUGGACAUCUAUCGCCAGGCAAAAUCGUAUCGGAUUCGUACAGGGUGGCAGGGCGCUCUCUGGGGCCAUUUCCUACUUGAAGAUCUGGUCGAAGUUGACCCAGCGUCGACCCCCGGAGGAUUCAGUGGAGAAGCUGAUGAAGGGAUCCUGGUAUACAAAUAUCUUCCACAGACCGGCCGAUUGAACAAGAACAAGGCGGCUGAAGAGUACGCGGCCUUUGAUCCCUUCUCGGAGGCUGUGCCCGCCCCCAAUCCUCGCAAGGUAUGGACCUCCUCCACGGCCAGUUUCCAAAUCGACCCGCUGGACUGGGAGCAACUGCCUACACUACAUCAUGUCAUUUCGCGACUCGCAGAGCUGCCGGUAUAUGAGAUCGUAAGCGCCAGGGUGGUGGAGGGAGACGGAGUGCCCGACGUUUCGGGAAUGAGGCCAAUUGAAUAG